AUGUCUAUAAAACAUCUAACAUCAGAAUCAGUUCGACGAUGUUUACAUGGAGUUGGAUAUGAAAUAUUUGUUCAAUCAUUUUUCGAUUCUAAUGGAGAUGGUAUUGGUGAUUUAAAUGGUCUUCGUCAAAAGCUAAAUUAUCUAUCAGAUUUAGGUAUUACAGUAAUAUGGCUUAUGCCUAUUCAUCCAGCUAAAACUUAUCAUAAAUAUGAUGUAGAAGAUUACAUGGAUAUUCAUCCUAAUUAUGGAACAAUAGAUGAUUUUCGUCAUUUAGUUAAUGAAUGUCAUGAACGUGGUAUAUUAUUAAUCCUUGAUCUUGUUGCUAAUCACACAAGUUAUGAUCAUCCAUGGUUUAAACAAGCUCAAUUAAAUUCAGUAACAAAUCCGUAUCGUGAUUAUUAUAUAUGGAUGGAUAGUGAAAGAGUACAAAAACUAGGUUUAAAUGCUUUUGAUACACCAGAUGCUAAUCUAGUUGGUUUAUGGCAUAAAGUUGGACCAGAAAGUGAACAUUUUGAUUGGGAAACAUUUGAGAAAAAAUCAAAAACAAAUAUUUCGGUUAAUAAAGAUGAUCGAGUAACGUCGAAAUUACAUGAAAAGUCAUUAACAAAUUUAAAACCUGAACAAACUAUAACAAAUACAUAUUAUGCUCUCUUUGAUCCACGUAUGCCUGAUUUAAAUUAUGAUUGCGAACAUGUACAAGAUGAAAUGUGUCAUAUUGGUCGUAGAUGGCUUGAAUUAGGUGUUGAUGGAUUUCGUCUUGAUGCAGCAAAAUAUUUUUAUAAACCUCCUCGUCUUAAAUCUAAUAUUACUUGGUGGACGAAAUUUCGUAAUGAAAUGUCUCGUAUUAAUCCUUCUGUAUAUUUAAUUGGUGAAGUAUGGGAUUUAUCAACACAAAUAGCUCCAUAUCUUCGUUCAUUUGAUUCCGUAUUUAAUUUUGAAUUAGCUGAUAUACUCAUAUCUUGUAUAUUAUAUGAAGGUAAUGGUUCAUUAAUGCUUAAAUCUUAUAUGAAAAUAUUAAAUACAUAUAUAAAAGAAAGUGAUAAAAAAGAAGUAAUUGAUGCUAUUUUUCUUUCUAAUCAUGAUCAAAAUCGAGUUAUGUCUGUAUUUAAUAAUAAUUUAUCAAAAGCUAAAAUGGCUGCUGCACUUCUUCUUACGCUACCUGGUCUUCCUUUUAUUUAUUAUGGUGAAGAAAUUGGAAUGUUAGGUAGAAAACCCUAUGAUAAAUAUCGUCGAGAACCUUUUCUUUGGUCAUCAACUAAUUGUCAAGGACAAACAACAUGGCUUGAAUCACUAUAUACAAAAAUUAGUAAUGGUUGUAUUCCACUUGAUAAACAACUUGAAGAUUCAAAUUCACUUGUUAAUCAUUAUAAAAAAUUAAUUCAUAUUCGUUGUCAAUCGGAUAUAUUAUGUUUUGGUUUAUUAAGACCUAUUAUAACAAAAAUUCGUUGUUUAUGUCUUUUUGAACGAGAAUAUAAUAAUAAAUUCAUAUUUAUUGCACAUAAUAUUGGAUCUCGAAGACAAUGUAUUACAAUACCAGAAAUUUAUCGUCAAAAUAAAGGAAAAAUUAUUUUUUCUACACAAAAUGAAAAUCAAAUUAUGAAUAAUGGUGAAUUUAAUUUAAAUGAAUAUUCAUCAAUUAUUAUUGAAUCUGAUUGA